AUGGUUCUGAUCUCACCCCACGCCAUGCAAGCAAGCAGGGCGUCCUCCACGCUCAGUGUGUUCGCGGACUGCAGUUUCCCAGCAGGGCUACGGAUAGGUCCGGUACCGGGAGUCUUCAAACUUGGAAAGUACACGUCAGACCGCAAGGAAGUGGGACCCAAGAAGAAGAUACGAUUGGUUCGUGGGGAAUUCGUUGAUGAGUUGGGCUGCCCCGUACCAGACUGGAUUGGAUUCAUUCGCGCUGCCAGGAACAGCCAAGAACAAAACUUAGAAGCAGUGUCCGAGCUCCCUGGAGGCCAGAUUUUCUAUCGCGUGCUGAGAGACAUCCCAGCAGGAGAGGAGCUCACUGUGUGGUACUCCAACGCACUGGCACAGUGGUACGACAUCCCCACUACAGCUACGCCUACGCACGACGAAAAAGGUGAGGAGCGUUACAUCUGCUGGUACUGCUGGAGGAUCUUCAAAUACCCCAACACACUCAAGGCCCACGUGCACUUUCACUGCGCUCUCAGCAACGGGAGGGGCUUCAACAGCGAGCAGCAGCAACAGGCCAGAGGCUCAGAGACAUUCAGCAGGUCCCCUAAAUCAGGAGACAUCCCCAACACAGCCACAUCUCCCCGCAAUAACAGCUCCACCUCGGUGCCAGACUCCAGCAGACGCGCACUUGCUCCUUCGCCUUUGCUUGUUGCAAAAGCAAAGAAAAUCAACACUGAAGACCAGGACAGAGCUCUGGACAUGAGUGUGGCAUCGUCUCGAAGUCAACCAGGGCAUCUGCUCGGUUUGGGGGCAUCAGUGUUGAGCAACAUGGGGUUCCAUCCGGGUGUGCGCUCAGCGUUUAAACCAACCGGCAUCUCCAAAGUCACUGAUGCAACAACGCGAGAGGACGUAAAUGGCAAAAUGAGCAGCCUCGGAUUCGGUAAACUCAUCGGAAACACAAAGCCAAUCCGUAAUGCAGGAGAGAAUCUUAAUGGAGGCAGCGGAAGUCAUCCUCCUAAAUGCCCACCGUCACUUAUGGACCCCAAUUCUACAAUGGUCCCAAAUCCACUUAGAGGUUUCCCCUUGCUGCCACAUGUGGAGGAGACAUCAGCUUUUAAGCACGUUGAGAGCCGUAUACACUCAGGCCUAUCCCCCUCAAGAUACCCACAAAUGCCCCCCGGACUGCACUUUGAAAGGUUUUCUUUCUCGCAGUUUGAUGGCGUUAAAUCCUACCCGGGCGCAGACUGCAACAUCCCUCUCAUGCCAUUUACAGUAUACAACGGGGAGCUUCUGUACAGCUCGCCCUAUUAUCCGCUUAAGUUCCACUUCAGCAACCUGCUCAAGUAUCCAGAGAACAUGCCGUACUUCGGCGCGCCCGCUCUGAGCCAAGACAUGGGCACCAUCACCAACAUAGACCGGGAGAUCGCGAUGCAUACACAGCAGCUGUCUGAAAUUGCAGCGGAGAAGAACAGAUCGAGGCUAGACUCCAUACCAACAGCCAACACGAGCAACGCAGCACCCGGUAAACCCAAAAAGGGCCAUUUAUGUUUGUACUGCGGCAAACUAUACUCUAGAAAAUAUGGCCUGAAAAUCCAUAUGAGAACUCACACGGGCUAUAAGCCGCUCAAGUGCAAAGUGUGCUUCAGGCCAUUUGGAGACCCCAGUAACCUGAACAAACAUAUCCGUCUCCACGCAGAGGGCAACACGCCAUACAGGUGCGACUUCUGUGGCAAAGUGCUAGUGAGGAGACGCGAUUUGGAGAGGCACGUGAAGUCCAGACACCCGGGUCAGAGCGUGAAGAAGUUGGAUGACAAACCGGGAGGCCUGUUUGAAGACGCUGAGCGAAAGAGCGACAAUGAGAGCGACGUGGACGUGUGUUUUACCGACGACCAGAGCGACCAAGAGAUGAGCAAAGACUGA